AAUCUAGCAAAGGCGGGGAAAGGAAGCGUUCGCUCCAUACAAUUUCCUUCAGUUCAAUAGCGAAGAUCGUUGAAAAUGGUUGCACCUGAGGGUUUAGUGGUACUCAUUCACGUCUAUACUCUGUUGUCGUCAAAACUGAUGGUCGACAACUCCGACGGAAAAUGUCCAGUUGGUGCCGCGGUAAACAUCACGGGAACGACAGGAGAGAACGGAUCCGAUCAGAGGCACGAUACCGUGUGGUCUGAAAACGGCUCAACCUUUGAAUGUCCCUGCGAUUUCAAAACGUGUCUACCCCUAUGUUGUCCCUUCGGUUUUGCGGGCCAUGGGCAAUACUGUGUAAAGGACAAUACGACGGCGUUGAUGUCAAGCCCCGAGGAUUCUAUGGGUCUGAGUGAACAAGGGGUGGACAAAGUUCACCCUUUUCUCCACGACCCUUGCGAAUCGAAUGCGGCCGAUCACAUAGCGGUGCAGUUAUUCAACGUCUCUAAAAACGGAUCGAUUUACCUGCCACUAUGGGAUCAGCAGGUCGGGCCUGGAAUCUCUUGCCUAUUCCGGGAAUCUGGAGCGCCAACGUAUUCGGCAAAAGUUUGCGUUACGAUAUACCCGGUCGUAUGGAAACUAGUUUGCUUCAACAUUGCUUUUUUAUUCGCACUGGCCACCUUCAUCGUCUAUUCCAUAGUGCCAGAGCUAAGAAACGCACGGGGGUUGAUCUUCCGACAUUAUUUAGCCGCGUUCUUCGGGUGCAUGAUUGCUCCGCAAAUUGGAGUUAGAUUCGUACUGAGGCUCAGCGCCGUCUGGAGCAUUGUAUAUGGAACUGUGGCAAUUUAUAGUUGUUUAACUUGUGCUUUCUGGAUGAAUGUCAUGAGUUUCGAUAUCUGGUGGACGUUCCGGGGCUUCAAACCCGUUCAGGCAAAUACUAAAGAAGACGACCGGAAAAAAAUGCGAUGGUAUAUGGUCUACGCUUGGAUAGGGCCAGCAGUUCUAGCAGCAAUGUUUUGCAUCGUCGCGUCCCUCGCGGAUUUACAUGGUGAAACGGAGAGAGUUGUCACCCUGUGGUUCAUAUUUGGGCCGAUUGCUGUUAUCGCCACUAUAAACUCUAUCUUGUACAUCACGACAGCCAUAUCAAUAAAAAAUCGUAAAAAGGACACGAAGCAAUUUCAGGAUGGCGUGAAUAAACAUCACCGGGAAAAUGAACAAUGGUUCAACUUGUACCUUAAAUUGUUCAUCAUAAUGGGAAGUCAAAUGAUUUUAUUGGCAACUUCGAUAAUAGCAAACAGUCACAAGUUGGCUUCGUUUAGUGUCGUUCUGCAGGUGAUACAGUGCAUAUGCAUAUUUAUAAUAUUCGUAUGGAAAGACGAUGUAAAACGUUCGCUCCACAAACGGUUCGUUGCAAUUUUUGACAAACUUCGUUUGUGUCUUCGAUGUGGACCGGCGGCGACUACAUGAAUACAGUGAACACCAUGAACAAGUAUUCAAGGGAUUUCAUUCGCUCACUGAUCCACAUCAUGGAAGCAUGUAAUUUUAACGAGGUAUUAGACUAAUAACAAUGAUGUAAUACAGGCUAUCUAACUAUAGAAUUACAUCUGACUUAACACUCGAUUUUAUUUUGUAAACUAAAUAUUAGCAUGAACAUGUUGAACAAGGCAGAUUCAAUGCACGAAUCAAAAAUAUUUGAAUAAAACAUUUUUUAAAUUGUA